AUGGCAUCAAAGGCUAUCUCACAAGCCAUGCGGCGGAAAGAACGUGAUGAUAGACAUGAUCUACGAUUUCCAAACGACAAUGAGGCAGGCGUUGGUGCAACACCAGACGAGGGUGCAAUAACUACGGAUACAGGCGUUGGUGUAACAGUAUUAGGCAAUGCUAAAGAUGCAGGCGUUGGAGCGAAAGUAACAGGUGGUGCUAAAGAUGCAGGCGUUGGCGCGAAGGUAACAGGUGGUGCUAAAGAUGCAGACGUUGGAGCGAAGGUAACAGGUGGUGCUAAAGAUGCAGGCGUUGGCGCAAAGGUAACAGGAGGUGCUAAAGAUGCAGGCGUUGGCGCAAAGGUAACAGGUGGUGCUAAAGAUGCAGGCGUUGUCGCAAAGGUAACAGGUGGUGCUAAAGAUGCAGGCGUUGGCGCAAAGGUAACAGGUGGUGCUAAAGAUGCAGGCGUUGGCGAAAAGGUAACAGGUGGUGCUAAAGAUGCAGGCGCGUGUGAAACGGUAGCAGUGGAUGCAGCAGCAAACGUCACUGUCGAAGUGCGCCGUGGUGAAAUUGUAGGUGAUGAGCUAGAGUUCAAUGCCCAUUCUAAUGGGUGA